AUGAUGGUGGCGAGGGACGGUGCCGGGGAGGAGAUGGAAAGAGAUUUCGAGGCCAAGCUGCAGCUGCACCAGACGCCGCAGGAGCAUCAGGAGAAUAGCAACGGUGCCGGCAGCGGGACCGGGGGGGGAGCGGCGGUGCAGAGGACGAACAGCAUUUCGUUCAGGGCGCCGCAGGAGCAGUUCACCGUCCAGGAUUUCGAGCUUGGAAAGAUCUAUGGUGUCGGUUCGUACUCGAAGGUGCGCCGGAUCUCCGUCUCUCCGCCAUCGAUAUUUUGUCCACGGGUCGGGGAUUUCUUCUACUGCUCUUCGCCGCGUUCGUGUUUUCCCAAUCUGUUAAAGCCAUUUUAAUCGAGGAAAGGGAAACGUGGGACCGAGACUUCAGACUGCAUCGUGCUUGACAGGGAAUGUCGAAAAGCGAUAAAAAUGUGCUGGCUCCGAGAGUAAUUCUUGAUCACUCGCGACGGCAAGAAGUUGAAAAUGGAGAUUAGCCCCCCACUUCUCGAAAUAAUUCCAGGUGCAUGCUCCGAGUUUCACGAGGAAGUCGCUCAUAUUUAACACUUGAAAACUUGGGUUAUUCGUUUGGACGUGCUUCUUACGAAGAAUCUUUGUAAGUUUCAAGUGUCAUUCGCGGCAGUUCUGUGGAAACUAAUGUCAUCUCCAGUAUCUGUUACCUAGUUAGAGGUUUGCCAUAAUCAUAAAUCUCUAAGGCUUACCUCUUCUGUCUGACAUACAUUUUAAGGAGUUUGCACAAUGAAUUAGAGGGAAAUAUACUCCUUAGCAAUCAAAAUAUUGUGGAAAUAUAGAAAAAAUGGAUAUCACGUAAAGCUCUGGAAACUGACAGUUCACUCACUUGCAUUCAUUUCUACCGUUCAACACAUACGAAUACAGAAACAGAUGUCUGUAGGAUGUUAGACUUCAAAUCCGUAUCCAGUAUCCAACCAUUGUGGAUGACAGCUGGACGUGUGUUCAGGCAUUGAUUGAACAUAAGGUAAUCGAAUAAAAGAAGGUCAGCAUGGAAACUGAAUUGAUUAAGAGAGCGUGUUUGAGGUCUAAAAGUGCGGGAAUCAUCGAAUCUUUUUCAUUAGAUUUUGCUGACAUUCCCGCAUGUUUUUUUUUAGUUUAAUGAUCACAAUCCUGGGAGAAAGCUUUGAAUAGGGAAAUCAAAUUGCUUCAUAGACCAUCUUACAUCUUAGUUCAAAUGUGAAGUUACUGAACAAUAUAGGUAGGUGGAUUUUUUUUCCAGCUGAUGAUCCAGUGUAGUUCAAUCUCCAGCAUUUGUGAGAACUUGGUAAGAAGAGAGCUUAUGUUUCAAUAAGAAGCUUUUUUUUCUGCUUUUUAACCAAGUUAAGCAUUUCAGAUUAAUAAAAUCUUGGGUCCCAUAGUUUAUGGAAGUUUUCCUGUUUGAAAGUAAUUGAAUGGACGACAGAUGUAUCGUCUGAAGCAUUCUUUUAUUUCAUUUUUCAAGCACCCAUUUAAACAAACUGUAGAAAAAUAUGCAACUUCACCACAUUAAUCAGGUCUGCCCGUCCUAUAAUUUGAAUAUCUUAAAACACUGUCUAGAAAUACUUCAAACAAAAAUAAAUGAUUUUCAUCAUGGCAGAUAUUGAAUUUGCGUUAAAGGAAUGACGGGGGGUGAUGAGCAAAGCUCUCAUGAUGCAUCGGUUGGACUGAAUUUUGAUCGUAUGUUCGUUGCUUCAUGUCUAUUCUACCGUAUUGGCUGGCCUAUCGCAAUACUUUGAUCUUUUCUUCAACUCUAAUUGCCAUUGUUUUCUAUCAGGUUGUGAGAGCAAAGAAGAAAGACACGGGAAAGGUAUAUGCUUUGAAGAUCAUGGACAAAAAAUUCAUAACCAAAGAAAAUAAGAUAGCAUAUGUCAAGUUGGAGCGCAUUGUGCUUGAUCAACUAGACCAUCCUGGUGUUAUUCGCCUGUUUUUCACCUUUCAAGAUACCUAUUCUCUUUGUAAGUGUCUCAUGUUCUGCUGUCAAUAUCUCCUUAACCCAAAAUUUCAAAUGAUAACUUUCUGCUCAUUGACCCAUCCACAGAAGUGAAUAUUGAUAUGUCCUUUGGCAGUUUUCAAUAGUUACCCAAGGCAGGUUGAUAAUCUGCCAUGAUCAUAUUUGUCAUAUUUUGUAGAUAUGGCACUGGAAUCCUGUGACGGAGGAGAGUUGUUUGAUCAAAUCACAAGGGUAAAACGUCAGUUGUAGUUUUUUUACAUGAUAUGAUAUUUCGAUUUUAUUUUUAUUUUUACUCACUCUUCUGGAUGCAGAAAGGUCGCUUGUCAGAGGACGAAACUCGCUUCUAUGCCGCAGAGGUUGUUGAUGCUCUUGAAUACAUACAUGGUGUAGGGUUAAUACAUCGAGAUAUUAAGGUAUUUACUGGGAAGUGAUGUGAUGAUUUUUUUUUUAUAUACCAGAAUGACACAAAGCUGAUAAUCUUGAAUAUGUCAGCCAGAGAACUUGCUACUUACUUCAGAUGGACAUAUAAAAAUUGCUGACUUUGGUGCCGUAAAACCAACAAAGAACAGCCAAAUCACUGUCCUCCCCAACGCGGCUAGUAAGAUUAUUUUGCUCUUCUGAGUAUAUUUCUAUUUGCAAUGGUCGAAUGGUGGCUUUAUAGUUUCUUAAGGUUAAUAAUUUCAGAUGAAAAAGCAUGCACUUUUGUGGGAACUGCUGCCUAUAUUCCUCCUGAAGUUCUCAAUUCUUCUCCGGCAACCUUUGGGUAAGGCAUUGCUUGAUGGAAGUUUGCAUUUGAGGUGCUUGUCGAAUUCCAAAGACGUGGUAUUUGAUAAUGUAUUUUUAUGUUCAUACCUUGGUUGGAAUGAGUUCAACUGCUUUCUAAGCCUGAUGUUUUUUGUGAUAGCUGUAGUAUACGUCCAAAAGAUUCUGUAUCUAUGGAAAUUACAUACAUAAAUAUCUCAUGUCCCAUUAUUUCUAGAAUCACCCACCCUUAAGUGGAACCUUGCGUUAUGCUAACAAUUUCUCUACAUGGUACUGGCCGAUUAAACAAAAAAUCCAAUGAUAUUAUGCAUCAAUAUCAAUUUUCUGAGAGUGUCUCUGUUCCAAUGAUAUUUUUUAGAUUCAUGUAGCAUCGAAGUUUGAACUUUAAAAGAAAAUUAAUUAGGUUGCAAUUGACCAUAGACAAAGGCACCAUGAACUUUAAAACCUCGUAUGUGCCUUGCUUAUCAGAUUGUGAGGUAACAAACGGACAGCAGGCUCUACUUUAAUGCCAUUCGCUGCCUACUAAUGAAACCUACGUUCUUGUGCUAGCUUGCUGGAAGAGAAGCUUAAAGAUCUUGAGGUCAACCCUUAUAGCAACCCUUAAUUAAGUUCAGUCAUAAAGAUUCAUCUUCAAUGAAUCAUGGAGAAUCCCCGAGAAAUUUGUGCAUGCUAUUCGCCCAGUCCUGUAGAGAACAUCAAUGGAAAUUGAAUGACUACUCUGAUGGAAAACGUUUAUAUUCUGCACAGGCAUUUGACUAUAAUUCGAUAAGAAGCAUAAAUGGUAACUCAUAUUGGAAAGUUUAGUAUUCCACCUUUCUCUCUAAUAAAAUGUGUGGUGACUCCAUUUAUAUCUGAAGUACAUUUUUUUGCUUUAUUUUGAUCUUUCGCUUAUGUAAAAGAUAUGUUUGAUACUCUUUGGAGUUAUUCUGAUAAGGGUUACUCUUCUGGUGGAAAUUAUAUAAAAAAAGAGAAUGUGGAAGAAUUACGAACCUAAAGCGUGUAUGACCGGAUUGGAUGCAUCAACUCCAUGUCAUUCUUGAUAACAUACAAUGUCCCUUCCAAAACCUUCAUAGUCAUCACAACUGUUAGAGCUGGACGAGGAGAAGUUAGGUCAAAUCCAUGUGAUCCGAAACAUGAGUGCUUUCUAUCUCGAGGAAAAGCUGAUUAUAUUUCAUAACAAAACUGACAGAUGACGGAAAUUCUGUAAGAGCCAAUUAGUUCAUCUGACAUAAUUUUCGUAAUCUAGUAUGUAAGAAAUAAAAUUCUAAGAUGCUAACACCUCUUCUGCAUGGAUCUGGAAUUGCAACCGUUAUCAAGCUCGAAUUGAUAAAAUGAGAAGCUGACGAUGAUCGAUAAGAUGAGUGGGGAAGAUGAUGAUGGUUCAGAGGAGAUUGAGGGAGGGAUUUCUAGGUCAAAGUAGACGUGUUAACCACAAAGCAGCGGAAGAGCAAUAUCCAGGGAAUAGCAGUACCACCACAGUGAGUGGUGGUGCAGAGGAUGAAUAGCAUCAUGCCAAAAUUUCAUUGUAGGAUAAUGUUCAUAUUCUGAACUUCUUUGUCUCUUUCCCUUUCCCUGUGAAUGUAAUCUUAUUCCGAACUUGCUUUCUACAGAAAAGGAAAGAAUGAAGAUUUUUUUUUUUUUUUUUUUUGAAGAUAAUGAUUCAGUGUAAAGCUCAUGAUCAGAUUGAACACAUGCUCUUCAAAGUAAGUAAAUGUGCUUGUAACUUUGAAAAGUAAUCAUGCUCAUCCCGUCCUUUUACCAGCUUUAAAUUACUGAUCGUUCUCAUAUUUUAUGAGCUUUUAUUGGAUCAUGCAGCCUUCUUACUGAUCUCUCUCUCUCUCUCUCUCUCUCUCUGACUGAAAUAAGAGAAUAUUUUUCAUCACAAUUUAUCGAAAAAUGCUGCUAAUUUUCCAUCUGAUUCAAGUUUUUUUUUUGCAUAUUCACCUAAUUUUCCUUUAUUUAACAAAACAGAAAUGAUCUCUGGGCACUUGGAUGCACCAUAUAUCAGAUGCUAACUGGAACAUCUCCUUUCAAAGAUGCAAGUGAAUGGCUAAUCUUUCAGCGAAUUAUGACUAGAGACGUGAAGUUCUCAGAUCAUUUUUCACUAGAAGCGAGAGAUCUCGUCGAUAAACUUCUGGUAAGUUCCUUCAACCGUUCCCAAUCUUCGCAUCUAUUUUACUGACGAUAAAAAAAAUUAAAAAAACUAAAUAAAUCAUAUCGAUCGAAGAUAUCUCCCCAGAUGCCAUCCUGACAAUCGUUUCUUGCAGGACACAGAUCCUAGCAAGAGACCCGGUUCUGGCCCUGGUGGCUAUGCUGCCCUCAAACUGCAUCCCUUUUUUAGAGGAAUUAAUUGGAAUAAUCUGAGAGAAUCUACGGCCCCGGAGCUUGCUCUCGAUUUGAAUGUAUAAUUUUAAUACUUCCAUCAAAAAUUUAUCUAGAACCCAUUCCCAUACUUCAUUUCUGACAAAGAGAUUUGUGGCUCCAGGUCGAUGGGGAGGAUGAUCUUCAAGAUGCAUCGUGGAACUUAACCCAUGUUGAAGAUGUUCCCAUGGGCCCACAUGGAGCACAGGAUGGGAGCAGCGGCGCCACAUCCUCUGAGACUCAUCCGCACAUUUCGGCGCUUGCUUCCAUCGAUUCCUUUGACUCUAAAUGGUAUUUUCGUAGAAUAUUUCAUUCCCUUUUUAGAAAAAUAUUUCAGAAAUCUUCAUUUUCUCCCCUUUUGGUUGACUUUCUUCAGGCAAGAGUUUCUUGAGCCCGGGGAGUCCGUGGUGAUGAUCUCCAAGGUGAAGAGACUGCAGAAGCUGACAAAGAAGAAGGUUCAGCUGAUCCUCACCAACAGGCCCAAGCUGAUCUGCGUCGAUCCUUCGAAGCUGAUGGUCAAAGCGAGCGUGAUCUGGUCUGACAACCCAAAAGACCUCAGCAUCCAGGUCACAAACUCUUCCCAUUUUAAGAUCUCCACUGUAAGUCCCAAGAUCCCCACGCCAGAAAAAGCCUCUGAAUCAGUGCAGCUUAAGAUCUCAGACAUUUCCUGAAAUGCUUCCAGCCGAAGAAGGUGAUGUCCUUCGAGGAUGCCAAGCAGAGGGCGUGGCAGUGGAAGAAGGCCAUUGAGGGUUUCCAGGCCCAGUGA